AUGGGUGUUCUUGAUCACGUCUCUGAAUAUUUCGAUUGCUCCCAUGGAAGCUCCAAGCGACACAAAAGUCUACAGACGGUGGAUGUGAGGGUUUUGAUAGAUUGCGAAGGAUGUGAGAGGAAAGUGAGAAGAGCCUUAGAAGGAAUGAAAGGAGUGAGAGAUGUAACCAUAGAGCCAAAUGCUCAGAAAGUGACAGUGGUCGGUUACGUUGAGGCAAACAAAGUGGUGGCUCGGAUCAUUCACCGGACCGGCAAGAGAGCCGAGCUUUAUCCUUUCGUUCCUUACGACGUUGUGGCUCAUCCUUAUGCCUCUGGUGUCUACGAUAACAGAGCUCCCACUGGCUACGUUAGGAACACCGAGUAUGAUCCACACGUGUCACGUCUCGCACGUGCUAGCUCCACUGAGGUUCGUUAUACUACGGCGUUUAGCGACGAGAACGCCUCCGCUUGUGUUAUCAUGUGA